AGUUCAAGUGCUUCUGACGAAAAACACAUUCCUGGCACACAGCAACUGUGUUCCACCGAUGACGUUCACCACAAUAAGUUUGACGAACCAAAAAUGGCGGAGUACCUGGCGUCCAUUUUCGGUACUGAAAAAGACAAGGUCAAUUGUUCAUUUUAUUUCAAAAUUGGAGCGUGCAGGCAUGGAGACCGCUGCUCUAGGUUGCACAACAAACCAACUUUCAGCCAGACCAUUGCCCUCUUGAACAUUUACCGUAACCCUCAAAACUCUGCCCAGUCUGCCGAUGGUUUACACUGUGCCGUCAGCGAUGUGGAGAUGCAAGAGCACUACGACGAGUUCUUUGAAGAGGUCUUCACGGAGAUGGAGGAGAAGUACGGCGAGGUGGAGGAGAUGAACGUGUGCGACAACCUGGGUGACCACCUCGUGGGGAACGUCUAUGUGAAGGUGGCUGACGGGGGACGGUGGGGGACAACCGCUGUGUUUAGAAGCCCUCGCGAUGACCCAUGUGUGACCCCUCUGGUUGUGACUAGUGCGUGUUGCGCGUGCUCUCAUGUACACAUGCAGUUCCGCCGGGAAGAGGACGCCGAGAAGGCGGUGAUGGGCCUGAACAACCGCUGGUUCAACGGUCAGCCCAUCCACGCAGAGCUGUCCCCCGUCACGGACUUCCGAGAAGCCUGCUGUCGCCAGUAUGAAAUGGGAGAGUGCACGCGAGGUGGCUUCUGCAACUUCAUGCACCUAAAACCCAUAUCACGAGAGCUCCGUAGGGAGUUGUAUGGACGCCGCAGGAAAAGGCACCGCUCCAGCUCGCGUUCGCGAGACAGGCGCUCCCGGUCCAGAGACCGUGGUCGUGGCGGCGGCGGUGGUGGACGGGACCGUGCAAGACGGAGGUCAAGGGACAGAGAACGUUCUGGAAGAUUCUAAAUUUAAAGCCAAGAUCCGUCCCAUCUGUCCCUUCACUCCUCUCUCUUCAUCCUUCCAGUCCCAUCCCUCUUGGCCCUGUGAUAAAAAUGGUUAAAUGUUGCAGCCCGAUUUUCUUUUAUUUGCUUUUUUUAAAGACACAGGUGUGUUUCUUUCUUAAUAAAACAUCUUUGUAGUGA